AUGUGUGCUGAAGUGUUGUUACGAACGAAGGAUGGUAAAAACGUUUCGGUUGAUCGAAGUGUUAUACGAAAAUCGCUUUUGAUUGAUAACAUGUUACAAGAUUUGCAAGAAGGAGAAUCUGGUGAUUCGACGACGUUGAAAGAUGCAAUUCCAUUAGAGGAAGUUGAGGAAGCAACUUUAAUGAAAGUGUUGGAAUGGUGUGAGCAUCAUAAGGAUGAUCCAUCGUUUGUAACAAAAAAUGAGGAUGGUGAUGAAAUGCUGCCCGAUGAACUUCCUGAAUGGGACCAAAAAUAUCUGCGAAUGGAACCAAAUUUGCUGUUUGAUGUCGUCCUGGUCGGUGUUACAUUCGCACUUAAGUGCUCACUCCCCUAA